UUAUGGCGCACUGCUUUUGUAAUUCGCGCAUAUCGAAGUAAGUGAAUCAGACCUCCGCGCGCGCAAGACCGCCGUCUUGACUACGUCUUGCGUUUCGCUGAUACCGCGAGAUCCUCGAGGAAGGCGAAGAGGGUGUUCGAGCGAUUGGAGUACCGGAGUACCUCCAAUUUCUGUUCUGUACUUACGAUAUAAACGAUCUGACAGCGUUGAGAACGGAUUCGAGAACCGAAUUUGUUAGCUUCUUCGUCGACGCCGUCAUCAUCACGGGAAGGUUUUCGUCGAAAAUUAAUUCAGCCCUGCUUGUCAACACGGAAUCGUCGAAGGAACAAUGUCUGACGAACAAUUCUCCUUGGUGUGGAACAGCUUCCCAACAAACCUGUCAUCAGGUUUGUACACUUUGCUGACAGAUGAGCAGCUUGUGGACGUCACGUUGGCUGCCGAGGGUCAAAUUCUGCGCGCCCACAAGUUGAUACUGUCAGUCUGCAGCACGUAUUUCCGAGAACUUUUCAAGGGAAAUUCAUGCAAGCAUCCCAUUGUCAUCCUGAAAGAUGUCAAUUAUCGAGAUCUAUCAGCUAUGCUGCAUUUCAUGUAUCAAGGGGAGGUCAACAUCAAGCAGGAGGACAUUGCCAGCUUUCUGAAAGUCGCAGAGGCUCUACAAAUAAAAGGAUUGACCACAGAUGCAGAUGAGAGAUUUAAGGAAACUCUCAGGAAAAAUGACGAGGACUUUGAGGAUCGCGGUUUCUACGAAGUGGAGAGGGAUAAAUGCGAUCCCGGCAAUACGGACGAAAAUCUUUCCACGUUCGGCAGACUGACACACAUCGUGAAGGAGCAGUCAACGACGAGACAGAGCACCUCCACGGAGGAUGUCUCGACGAGAGAGCGACCGUUUACCAAGCAAACGUCAGCUAUCACUAAUGAAGCUUGCUGGCAAAAUUGCACGGAGGCCGAUUAUGGUGUCCCGGAUGCACGGACAACGUUCAAUGAGAGGAGCAGAAGCACGGAUGCCAUGCCAUGCAGUGUGGAAGACCAACCGUUGGACUGUACGUCUGAUGUUAGUCAGCCAAGUCAGUCGACCAAGGUCGAACCACUGGACUACACGAUGGAGUGCAUGGACACGGACUCGGGAUAUAGAUACCCAUCGGAUAAAAAAAUGCUCUAUUCUGGCAACGCUGAGGAUGCGCCAAAACAAGAUUUUGCGCCAGAUACGCAGUUAGUUACCUACAAUCAGAAUUCACAAACUCAGCCGUUUGGCUCGAUAGGCGACACAGCGACUUAUCCAAGUGACUUCACGUAUGAGACGACGAAUUCGAGUAAUAAGGGACGGCGUACUGUCAAAGGUAUCCCCAACAGCAGUUUGCCGUUGGAGACGACAUUGCGCGUCGUUUCCGAGCUGGGACCGACGUUACGCAUGGAGCACGGCAAGAUAAUACGCAUGUACGCGUGCCCGUGGUGCCUACGUCAGUUCACGCGCAAGGAGAACCUCAAGCUUCACGUUCGUUAUAUUCAUGGUCCGCUUGAAAGUCUCACGUGUAAGCUUUGUGGCAAUAAAUAUAAGAAUAGUAACAGUCUGCGUGUACACUCAUACCUCUAUCACAACGCCAAGCGGGAUAAGAGCAGCAAGUCACUGUCGACCGGCGACGACGGUGUCAGCCUAGAUGAUGGCGACGGCGGUACCGGUGACAGCGGUGGUGACGGCGUGUGAAGGGACAGUUCUUCUAUUGAGAAGUUCUCUUUUCUUUUGAGCCCGUCUUUUGAAAAACGAGACAACGAGGACUAACGAGAAAAAUGACAGAAAUGACGAAAGCGAUAAAUCGCGACUGAAAUUUGUUAUAUAUUUAUAUUUCGCACACAUGCUACAACUCGCACACAGCCUAGACACAUAAGUACCGAUUAUUUCUAUACGAUGCUAGUUAUCGAGAGAUUUAUAUAGAAAUAAAGCGCCUUAUUGUAUA